UGUCGGCUUAAAAGCGACUCUGGCGGCUCUCACGUUUCCCUGCCCCGCUCGCGUUACACUGCCGGACACUGUUACCGGUAUAAAUUCCGAGUCGUAGAUCUGUUUCAGGAGCUGUCCAUCCACAACGCGCUCCCUCUCAUUACCUUAAAACAUCGGAGGCAUUUUUUUUUUUUACCUGAACAAAGUCUAGUCUGAUCGCCGUACCAGGUGCAAGUCUCCCAACUGUCCGUUCUCAUCAGACAUAUUGGAGUUGUUCCGACUGGACAGGGUUCCGUCACCGCGGCCACUUUCAGCAACCCCCGCUGCGCCUAAACGGACAUAAGCUGCGCUCGACUACUGACGGACAACAUGCAAGCACCGCCGCUGCCAGGCUCACUGGCUAUGCUGGACCCCGCAGGACAAUUUUCAAAGAGGAAGAGGACUGCUUUAUGGUUCACGGUUUCUCUCCUGGUGCUCUCUUUUGUCAUUUUAGUGGUGGGUGUGACUUCUGCCACACGUACAGGGAAUGUUGCAGUUGCUGGAUAUUACCCAGGGAUCAUUCUCAGCUUUGGAUCAUUUCUUGGAGUUGUUGGCAUAAAUCUAGUUGAGAACAGGAGACCAAUGCUUGUGGCUUCAAUUGUCUUCAUCAGCAUUGGGGUGAUAGCGGCAUUCUUCUGUGCUAUUGUGGAUGGGGUAAUUGCUGCAGAGUAUAUUGACCCAAGGCCUCUGUCUGAAGGGAGGUGUAAAUUUUAUGCUGGAAGUUUGGAGUAUUCCUAUGAAAACUACUACACUAAGGUCACGUGUUACAACCAAAGCACUGCCUGUCAGAUGAAGGUCAGAAGUAACACUUGCUACUGCUGUGACCUCUACAAUUGUGACAAUCCUGAGCAUUUCACUGAGUUCUACGAAUUCACGGCUGUUAAGAGGUGCAUGGAUGUCACCCAUCUUUACCGUCUGCUUUGGGCUUCUGUUGUGCUAAACAUUCUUAGCCUCUUCCUAGGGAUCGUCACAGCUGCUAUUCUAGGAGCUUUCAAAGACAUGGCAGCCUCUUCUCAGCUUCUUUUUAGCCAAGCACCACCUCCUCACAUUCUCUACAACCCUGCCCAACAGAUGAUGACCUACACUGGCUUUUGUGCACCUACCCAAGCUCUCCCGGCAUACCCAAACUACUCACUGCCACACCAGCAUCAUACUCCUUUGCAAGCACCAUCGCCAACUGAAAGUUCUGCUGUAGAUGACCAUCAGCCAAUUCCCCAGUCUUCUUCUGGUUGUCCUCUUUCUCCUAAUGCCCCCACACUGAUUACACAAGCAUACAACCAAGCAGACAAGCCACCGCCUUAUGCUUCUUGACUUUAACACCCAGGACACUAGUUUGGCUUAAUAAAAAGUACAUCUAAGGUGUGUUGUGAUUAUUUCACUUCUCAUGCAUUCAAAUACCCACUUGAUGUUUAUAUGCUGUUUCAGUUAAUAACUUCAGCCAAGGAGUUUCUCUUUCUGAAAUUCUGUUAAAUAACUAAAUAAUUUCAGUAUUCUAGUAAUCAGUGAAUUAUGAUAAGUGUCAGCACAAAAGCAAAUUAAGCACAGUUAUUCAGCAAAUUGUUUUUCUACCAUUAUACUGUAUCAUCAAAAGAAAAAAUAGAAGUGUUUCUCAUAUGUGUGAUUUACUGUAGCUUCUUAAGUGUUUUGUUUAAUGCAUCCAGUUAUUUUCAGUACAUUUUUAUUUACAGAGAAGUGACAGAAUGAUGCUUAAAAGACUACAUUGCUUUCGGUUUUGAAUUAUAAAAGUAAACUUUGUACUGCAUAUACCAUAUAGGAAAGUACAAACAAGUAGUGAGGAGGAUCUUAGAUAUCAGAUCUGAAGAAUGUAAUACAUAUAAAUAUCAUAUUCUUUGUGCGUGUGUAUGUAAAUAUAUAUUUAUGUUCAUCAGUACCAGCUCUGUCCAUUUUAGGGUCAUGGAGUUUGGAGGCUAUCCCAUCAUGUUAGGUACAAGGCAAGAACAAAUCCUGGGCUGGGUGCUAGUCCAUUGCAGGGCACAGUCAUGCAUGCAUCCCCACACUCACUCAUAAAGACCAAUUCAUAGGACGUGGUAGAACUAAUGGAGGAGCCACAGAAAAAACCCACAAAAACAAACCACCACAUAAACUGUGAGCUAGAAUUCAGACUAAUCAUGCUUGUUUCAUAUGCUGUGUAUUUUUUAGAAUAUUACUGAAAUUAAAGGUAUUCAGAUCUUAAUGUAAAUUUUAAUAGCCCAAAAAGACUCCCAAAGUGAAAAUCAACAUCAAAUGCUGAUAUGAUCUCACGUCAGAUGGACUGUACAUGUUUGUAUUAAAUGUUUCUUUAUCAUGUUUCCAACUAUAUUUUAUAUAUUUGUUGGGUAUUGUACAUACCUUACAUUGCUUGCAAUAUUAUUUAUCUGCUGAUGAAUUCACACAGUAUGUAAAAAUUCUGCUGUGUUAGUGUAUAACAUAUCAUCCACAGCUCUAUUUCACAAGUCUGCAGAUUUACAUUGAAAAUCAUAAAACUGAAUAUGGCAGCUGAUGACUGACCUUAAAAAUGUUUUUUUUUUUUCAUUCUAGUUACUUUGUUUGGUAUAAUGUGUUAGUGCUCUGAUUUUCAGGUUCUGAGCUGUGGUCCUCAAGUGCCUUUGCAUGCUUCUUUGCACACUUAAUUGGAAGUUUCUGCCUUCUGCCUUGUACUUACCACACUGAGUCUCCCCGUGACCUUGAACUAAAUGAAAAAAUAAUGUUACACAAUGAAGAUGUUUUACAUACGUGUAAGUGUAGCUCUGCGAAAACAUAAUUAGAUAAAAAUCUUAUAUCAAAAGAAAAAAAAUAAGCACAUCUAAUGUUGUAAUGGUCAUAGAAAUUUUCUUAGAGAGUCUCCAAAUUUCCAAAACAUCAAAAUAUUAUAUAUUAAGUAUCACUGAAUCACAUUGUUUUCCAGUACACUUUUAAUUUGGAGGCUUUAAUCUUUAAGGCAAAUGGAAUCUCAAAAAUAAACUUACCACACAGACUGUUAAUUCAAAAGAAGCACUUGUGCUUACAAGUUAAUGCACCUUAUCUUUGUACAACUUGUGACUUGCAAAACAGGUUUUACUAAAAAAAAUAAAUUAGUAAUGAAGUAAGAUUAUUUUGUAUAAAUGCAAAUGAAAAUUAUUGUUAAUUCCUGCAAUUUAAGCAUAUUCUCAUUUCUGGCUCACAUAAAAUUGAGAUUUCAGCACUGUCUUUCAAAGAUAAAACUAGGCAAUAAGCACAGAUUAAAGGGAAUUGUUACCGGAACAAGCUUCUAAAAUGCAUUCUUUAAAAAUUCAGUAAUGUUUGGCAGCCCUUUAUCAGCAUCAUCCUCAACUAACACAGCUUCAGCUAAGACACGAUCAUACUAGCUUUACUCUCUCUAUCCAGAUUUCUGGCUUUCUUUUUCUAUUGCUUAUAUGUGCUCUAGAGAAAAAGUCUGAAUAGGACUAAUGUGAUGUCCUAGAAUUUAUGUCUGUAUUAAAAUGUAUGUAGAAUUAUACUUAGAUUUUCUGAAACUUGUUUAAAAUUUUAAAAACACAUUUUUAAAUAUUAG